CUUAUCAUCGUCCAAGAUGAAGUAAACAAACAACUGUUUUGUUAGAUAAGAUACAGGCUAGUAUAGAGCGGGGCUGACUAAUUAUUGUCACUUCAGGUUCUGCUAGUGUUAGUUUCGUUCAAACUUUAGAACAAGCGUAUGUUAUCAAUUAACUAUAAUGAGCGUUUUGUUGGAGAGCGUGACAACAGAAAUAUUAUGUUUUUUUCUGUUGCUGUUAUGGCUCAUUUAUUGGUAUCUAACCAAAAACUACGACUACUGGGAUAGAAGAGGAGUUCCUAACAUAAAACCACAGUUUCCUUUCGGUUCAAUGAGAGAAACCAUGCUUUCAAAAACAUUUUUUGGAAAAGCUCACGACAAUUUCUACAAUCAAUUUCCAAACAAACGUUUCUAUGGAAUAGUAGAGUUCAGGAGACCUGUUCUAGUCCUUAAGGAUCCAGAAUUGAUCAAACGAAUAAUGGUCAAAGACUUCCAAAGUUUUGUAGACAGGCCAGUGAUCAUGGGGAACCCGAAGGAGUACAUAAUGCUGCAUCUGCUGAAUUUGAUGGGACGAGACUGGAAGGACAUGCGGACAAAACUGACCCCCACAUUCACUUCGGGUAAGAUGAAAACUAUGUUUGCCCUGAUGGAGAAGUGUAGUGAAGAGCUAAGAGAUCACUUGGAAACUGAAGUGGAAAAGGGAAAAACCAUUGAUGCUAAACACGUUCUUGCUAGAUUCACAAUGGAUAUAAUAGCUUCCUGUGCUUUUGGAUUGGACACAGACUGUUUAACUGAUGAAAAUUCUGAAGUUUUCAAAAUUUUCGGUGGAGUAGCAAAGACAUCAAAGUCUCGCUUCAUCAGAAGAGUAUUUAUCUUGAUUUUCCCUUCAGUUUUGAAAUUUUUACGUGUUAAUCUCAUACGACCAGAACUGAGAAACUUUGUCACUAACAUAGUCCGUGCCACCAUUGAUUACAGGAUAAAAAACAAUAUAAAGAGAAAUGACUUCAUAGACUUAAUGAUUGGUUUGAGAAAACAGGAGGAGAUCGAUUCUAAGCAGACCUCGGAUGUUUCAUAUGGCCUGACAAUAGAGCAGAUGACAGCGCAGAGUUUUGUGUUCUUCAUAGCGGGCUUUGAAACAGCAUCGUCACUCAUGUCCUUCUGUCUAUACGAGCUCUCCCGCCACCAGCAAGUCCAGGAGCAGCUGUACCAAGAUAUCCAAGGGGUGGUGGAUAGUAAUGGAGGAAAGAUUUCCUACCAGGUGCUGAUGGAGAUCCCUUUCCUGGAUCAAGUUCUCAAUGAGACGUUGCGCCUCUAUGGAUCAGCCCAUGUACUGAGUCGAGUGUGUACUCAGCCUUAUCAAGUUCCAGACUCAGACCUGAUCAUUGAGAAAGGUAUGCAGGUGGUCAUCCCUCUGUUCUCUCUCCACCACGAUCCCCAGUACUAUCCAGACCCUUAUGCCUUCAAGCCCGAAAGGUUCACUGUGGAGGAGACCAAGAAGAGGCACCCCUACGUGUUCAUGCCGUUUGGAGAAGGACCUAGGAAUUGUAUAGGCAUGCGGUUUGGUCUAAUGCAAGCCAAAGUUGGUCUAGCGACAAUUAUUUUGAAUUUCCAUGUUGACCUUUCACCAGAUCAGGAGGUACCCAUUGAAAUUGAUAAGCGAUCUUUGGCCCUGAUGCCUGCCAAUCCUGUACUUCUGAAUUUCAACAAGAGAAAAAUUACCUAAGAAAUUAGUUCAAAUCAUAUAAUAAACAAAUAUUAACAUUUGUAAAAUGAGUAUAAUAUAUAUUUACUUUUCUAUAAAUA